GUGUUAGAAAAUUUGAACGCGAAAAGACGCUUAUCUGGCCCACAAUUAAUUGAAGAAAGAAACAAUGUCGGAAGUCGGAACUGUGGAGGAGCGAGACCGCCGUCGAACCGAGUCUCCCCGUCUUCGGCGGAAGAGAAUAAAGCCUCCGAAAUAGGGAGUUUGGAAUGUUUGGUUGGCUUUGGCACGCACCUGUACCCUCCAACAAGGUUCUCACACGCACUUACCUACGCAUCCGCCUCGAAUGUAUGGGUUUCCUGUGUGGCCAUUGCCGCAAUAGCAGUUCCUAUAAUUGAUCCCGGAAAAGUAACCGUAACGGCAAAGGCAGUUGUCCUCCGCGAAGUAAGACCCAUUAGAACGGGUCAGGUUUAUGCAACCCAAUGGGUUCCUAAAGCGAGAAUCCGAAUAACAUUUGACGGCGAAUAUCUCUUGCUCGUCAAGAACGCAACUUUGCACCCUUCUCCUCCUGUAACAUUUUUGCUCUCUAUGUCGACACCUAUUGCUUGCGGACGCUCCACUGAUUCUAUAUCCGUCAUCAACGCCUUGGUACCGCAACCAACCGCCACGAGACGGUUCUCGUCCGUUAGAAAAUAUGGACUUCCCUUGCUUGUGACGUUCAAAUCCGGCAGCUUCUUGACUGCUAUCUCUAGAGCAAUCCAAAGAAGUCACAGGAACUUUGAUUUGAACCAGUCCGUAUGGCAACCUGUCUGGAAGAGAGAUGUUCACCACUUCCAUGUUGAGCCUAGAGAGGAACGGAGCAUUUCUGUCGGAUCCGGAGGUGCUGUUACACACAAUCUCUCCUUCCCGCCGAUUCCGAAAGGGAACGGGAUCGAGAUUCCUCCGCAGGUUCUGUUACAAGAAGUUGAAGAAGUGUUAUUUGGAGGUGUUGCUGCUGAUGAGCCAUACAUGAGCAGAGUUAGGACAGACGCUAUAAUACAGAGGAAGUUGAAGUAUCCUGGAUCCAUGUACCGAAAAGUGCCUGCAACUAAUGUGAUGAACGGAUCCUCUCCAACUCAAUUGAAACCUCUCUCAUGUUUGGCCGCUUCCUCCCUUUCCUGCGUAGACACCUUCGAGCGAACGCUUGAACAAAUCUCCAUUGGGAAUAUACUCGUAAACCAAGAUUGGAACUUCUGUCUCCAAGCAACAUCCCAAGAGUUUCACAAUGUUCCUGUGUGCGACUUCAUUGAUGAACUCUUCCAUCUUGUCUUCAUCAACAAGUUUGGAUCUUUUGACCGCAACGAUUCUUCCAUCUACCAGCAUUCCCUUGUACACGGUUCCCUGACCUCCUUGCCCAAGAACUCUUUAUCGGUAGCCUUCUUCAACUCUUUUGAGCUGAAUAUCCUCGACAUCUCUACAUUUCCGUUCAUGGUUGUAAGGCCCAAGAUUCCGACGACGGAAACAAGUGCUCCUAGACCUAUAAGAACGCCUACACCAACAUUGAGUAAAGCUACGUUUCUCUUCUUGUCGUGUAGUCUCGUUGAUGCAAAAUGCUACUUUCAACUCACCUUGAAGCACAGAGGCUUUUUCCGGCUUGGAUAUCUUGGGCUCGCAGCUAUAUGUUCCAAGCCCGUUCACACAAUAAAACUAAAGAAGAAGAAACAAUCACUUACCUAUGCAGCCAUGUGGAAGGUAUGGGUUCCCUGUGUAGCCAUUGUUGCAAUAGCAGUUCCUAUAACUCAUGCCAGUGAAGUACUGAUACUCGCAACUGCAUUUAUCAAAGGAGGUGUAGGAACUGUAACGGGCAACUCUGCACCCUUCUCCUCUUGUGACAUUAGAGUUCUCUACAUUGACACCUAUAACCUGAGGACGCUCCAACGGUAUCCUCGCCUGGCAGCAUUUGUAACCAUCACAGUUCGACUCGAUUCACAACCUAAGAUCUCUGACUCGAUAUCUGUCAGCAACGCCUUGGUACCGCAACCAAUCGCCACAAGCCGGUUCUCGUCUGUGAGAAAAUAUGGACUGCCUCUGCCCGUGACGUUCAAAUCCGGCGAUGAUUUUUCCGGUCCUUGA